AUGCCGACGGCAACGCUCACCACGGGACGAAUUGUUUUUGGUACCGUGGUAGCUAUUGUUGCCCUAUUCGUGUUGGCGUUUGUGAUAGGCUGGGUUUCGGCGCCAACCGAUUCAGAUGACUCGUCCGCCUGUGAACCAAGCUUAAGAGUUAACGUUACGAAUAAUAUAUCAAUAAUAUUCGACAUAAAAUAUAUCGUAAAACUCCGCAAGGAACAGAAGAAACGGAAAGAUAAUUUUCACGAAAAGCUGUUUGCAAUCUUAAAUGCGACUAAGAUUGGCGAGAAUUUGAGGUAUUUUUCAGAGCGACCACAUGUUGCAGGAACACCGCGCUCAAAAGAGUUAGCGGAUGAGAUCGAAAGAAGAUGGAGGGAAUACAAAUUCGACAAAGUAGAACAACCAGAAUAUGAUAUUCUCCUACCUUACGUUCAACCAAACGUCUCGAAUUCUGUACAGAUUUUGAAUUCCACUGGUAAUGUGACUUUCGAGUUCUCUGGAAAAGAAAAGUUGGCAGACCCGAGUGAAAACGACACUACAAUGAUACCACCGCUACUGGGAUAUUCUAAGCAAGGAUCGGUCGAAGGGAAGCUCCUUUAUGUGAAUUAUGGAAGAUCUGAAGAUUUUCAAAUAUUAAAAAGUAACUUCAGCAUCACCAACUGCAGCGGCUACAUUGUCAUCAUGCGGUAUGGAAAGAUUUUUCGUGGUGCUAAGGUUAAAAAUGCCCAAGACUGUGGAGCGAUUGGCGCAAUUUUGUACAAUGACCCAGCGGAUUACGCACCUGAAGGUCAGGAUAAGGUCUAUCCAAAAUACAUUUGGCUUCCAAAAACAGGCGUCCAACGCGGAAGCCUAUUUCAAGGUCGUGGAGAUCCGCUAACACCUGGACUACCGUCUGUCGAAGGAGUAUUCAGAAUACCCGAAGAGAAGGCUGGACUGCCAAAGAUUCCAGCAACACCCAUACCAUACGGAGAUGCUGUUAGACUAUUAGAGAUCAUGGAAGGUGACGACGCCCCUAAAAGUUGGCAAGGUGGGUUGUUAGGAAUUACCUACAAAGUUGGAAAUGGCAGCCUUAUGAACAACACCGUCAAGAUACAAGUAAACGUACCUAACAGACGGCAAAACGUGCCCAAUGUUAUCGGCACCAUAUAUGGCAAUGAGGAACCUGACCGUUGGGUAUUGAUAGGGAAUCAUAGGGACGCAUGGGGAUUUGGUGCAGUUGAUGCCUCUAGUGGUACAUCAGCCAUGAUGGAAAUAUCACGUGGUCUAGGCGAGCUUUUAAAACAAGGUUGGCGCCCGAGACGCACCAUCAAAUUCUGCAGCUGGGGAGCAGAGGAAGCAGGUUUGAUGGGAUCAACGGAAUGGGUGGAAGAAAAUGAACGAGCCUUGUCAACUAAAGCAAUAACUUACAUAAAUAUCGAUAUCGCAGUUAGUGGCAAUCUUACCUUGAAACUAAAAGGCUCCCCUCUGCUCAAGACGGCAAUUACUAAGAAUAUUAAGGACGUAGACGACCCGCACGGGAGAAAGGUAUACGAUCAGAUGGUUAAAGUGAAAAAUCAAUCCAAUAAUACAAAAUCAAUUUACGAACGCUUGGGCGCAGGUUCUGAUUACGCCAGUUUUUAUCAAUAUUGCGGUAUACCUUCCUUAGACCUGAGCUAUGGCGGUAAGGUGUUCUACCCCGUCUACCAUACAGUUCACGAUACAUACAAAUGGCUCGAAGGCUUAAUCGAUCCCUACUUCAAAUUCCACCUAACCACGGCCAAAGUUGCCUCGAGACUCCUCAUGUAUAUGGCCGAUAGUUUUGUCUUGCCAAUUGAUGUGACAGAGUAUGGAAAAUCUCUCAGCAGUUCUUUGAAAAUGUUAAGAAGAAAUCAUGGAAAAGAACUUGAAAGGAAUGUGAGCUUGAGCCAUAUUGAAAAGGCAAUUGGAGAUUUCAAGGAGGAAGCAAAAAUAUUCCAGGAGGAAAAGAAGAAAGCUCUCGACGGAAAAUUUGACAUACAACUCCGAGACCUUAAUGAUCGUAUGGUCAACGUUGAGAAAGCCUUCCUCACCGCCCCAGGUUUACCUAAUCGACCAAACACAAGGCACGUGGUAUUCGCGCCUUCUGUUAACAAUGCCUACGGCAGCACCAGUUUCCCGGGAAUCUCUGAUCUGAUGUUUAAGGAGAAUAAAACGGAGCAGGAUUGGUUGGAUAUCAAGGAACAGGCUUCCGUUCUCUUCAAAGCGAUUUCGAGUGCAACCGAUGCAUUGAAAGCUGAUACAAAAUGA